AAUGUUACGAAACCCAUCAAUAAAAUAAUUGUACAGCUGUUAAUGAAUGCGAAAGUUACCAGAAACAUUCUUUUGAAAAGAAGGUGGCAACAAGCUUACAAAACAAACACAUCUGCCACACUUAAAUAACUGUAUGCCAUUACUUAUGCUUUAAACAUUACCUAGGAGGAUUAUUGGAUUAGUUUGUUUGCGCCCUUGCCGCCACUGGAACACCAGGUACUGACUGAGUUAUGCCGACUCCUAAUUUGUGUUACUCUACAAAAACAUUUGGGAAAAAGAAAAAUGUCCAGGUGUUUUAUAAGAGAUAAUCAGUCCAAACCUGAUCAAAUAAAGUAGAAAAGUGUCCUCAGUAAAUGAGGUAUGCCUCUCUUUAACACGUUGCCCCCCUGGCUGCUGUUGGAUUAACAAAGAGAGAAGUACUUGGGAGCAAUACAAUGGUCCAUUCUCACCCAGUAUAAUCCUUGUUGGUAUUGCAAGCAGUUUCAUAUGACUUCGCAGAGAAAAGGCUACUACAAGCACCUCUCCGAAGAAGUGUUUCGGCUACAAAAAAACACAAAUGUCAACUUCCCCACCAACCUCUUGUGAUUGGAUGCUCCUGGUUGAACAGAAGAAUAUAAAUGUUCGAGUUACAACCAUGGAUGCUGAGCUGGAGUUUGCCAUCCUGCCUAGCACGACCGGCAAACAGCUCUUUGACCAGAUAGUGAAGACCAUUGGGCUGAGGGAAACAUGGUUCUUUGGCCUCCAGUAUCAGGACAGCAAAGGCUUCUCCACUUGGCUCAAGCUGAACAAGAGGGUGAUAGCUCAAGAUGUGAAGAGGGACAACCCUUUGUUGAUCAAGUUCAGAGCAAAGUUUUACCCUGAGGAUGUCACAGAGGAACUGAUCCAGGAAGCAACUCAGCGGCUUUUCUUUCUGCAGGUAAAAGAAUGCAUCCUAAAUGAUGACAUAUACUGUCCACCUGAGACUGCCGUGCUCUUGGCCUCGUAUGCGGUUCAGGUCAAACAAGGAGACUACAGGAAAGACUAUCACGUACCAGGAUACCUUGCAAGAGAGAAGCUGCUGCCACAGAGGGUUUUGGAGCAGCACAAGCUGAAUAAGAAUCAGUGGGAGGAGAGAAUCCAGGUGUGGCAUGAAGAGCACAAGGGAUUGCUGAGAGAAGACGCCAUGGUGGAGUACCUCAAGAUAGCCCAAGAUCUGGAGAUGUACGGGGUCAACUACUUUAACAUCAAGAACAAAAAAGGGUCAGAGCUGUGGUUGGGAGUAGAUGCCCUUGGGCUGAACAUCUAUGACAAAAAGGAUAAGAUGACCCCAAAGAUUGGCUUCCCCUGGAGUGAGAUCAGAAAUAUUUCCUUCAACGACAAGAAGUUUGUCAUCAAGCCAAUGGACAAGAAAUCUCCGGACUUUGUGUUCUACGUACCUCGUCUUCGCAUCAACAAACGUAUCCUGGCAUUAUGUAUGGGUAAUCAUGACCUGUACAUGCGUAGACGUAAACCCGACACAAUUGAGGUGCAGCAGAUGAAGGCCCAGGCCAGGGAGGAGAAGAACAAGAGGCAGAAGGAGAGGGCUCUGCUCGAGAGUGAGAAAAAAAAGCGAGAAAAUGCUGAGAAGGAAACAGAGAAGAUUGCUCGUGAGACCAUGGAACUGAUGGAGAGAUUGAGACAGAUUGAAGAGCAGACAAAGAGAGCUCAAGAUGAGCUUGAGGAGCAGACUCGUAGGGCUCUUGAAUUAGAGAAAGAGAGGACAAUUGCUCAGGAGGAGGCCGAGCGACUGGACAAGGACCGCAGGGCUGCAGUGGAAGCGAAAGCAGCCCUGUUAUAUCAGUCUGAAAACCAGAUCAAGAGCCAGGAAAGCCUGGCCACUGAGCUGGCAGAGCUUACCUCUAAGAUCUCCCAGCUGGAAGACGCCAAGAAGAAAAAGGACGAGGAGGCGAAUAGUUGGCAGAAAAGGGCGAUGGUGGUAGAAGCUGAUUUGGAGCGAACCAAAGAGGAGCUGAAGACUAAACUCAUGGGUGUCCAAAUCCAGGAUUCUGUCCAGCCUCCUAUGCACGAGCACGACGAGACGGAUGAGAGCAGCGCAGAGGCAAGCGCUGAGCUGACCUCUCCGGGCACGGUUCGAGAUCGCAGCGAAGAGGAACGAGUAACAGAGGCCCAGAAGAAUGAGAGGCUGCAGAAAAACCUCAAGUGCCUGAGCAUCGAGCUGGCUGGAGCUGUAGACGAGAGCAAAAAGACCCCCAAUGACCUGAUUCAUGCUGAGAAUGUGAAGGCGGGCCGUGACAAAUACAAGACCCUACGUCAGAUACGUCAGGGCAACACCAAACAACGCAUUGAUGAAUUUGAGUGCAUGUGAUAGGGGCUGCUGCCCCUCAGAUUGAGGACAAGAUAAGGAUAGAUUAAGAAAUUGGACACAUUGACAGAUUUUAGAAGUAGGUCCAAAAUAUUGCAUAGGUAGAAUAUUAACCUGACAUAACAGGUUAAACAUAACAGCAGAUUAUAUUCUCCACGAUUCCAAUGCUAUUUCCUCUAGAAAUAAAUCAGAAGUGACAACUGUUGAAAAUGCAUUCUUGAUGACAUGGUAAUAAAAAUCAAAUUCAUGGUCCAUUUCAGCGUUGCAAAACUAACAUUAUCUAUGCUAUCAUUUAUGAAAAGCUCUGCUGUUGUCCUUGUCAGUUUUACUACACACAUUGGUAAAUGCCAACUAAUGAAAUCUUUAAUCAAAUUGAUUAUUUUAAAAAACAAUGGCAUAUAAGCCACGUCCAUCUACAUGUUAAAUUAUGUAUUCUUUAUCACGUAAGUGAAAUGCACAGAAACAAUUUCAGUGUGUUGUUUGUGCAAAACGUAAUUACAUGAUGAAUCACUUUGCUGAGCUGAAUGAGGCGAUCUUUUCAAAACCUUAUGAGAGAAUGUGAUAUGCAUCCUGAAUCUGUACUUUUUGAUAGUAACUAAGCUAACAACCACAUGCUGUAGCUUAACUAAGACCAUUUCUACUAUAGAGCUAAACAGUGAGGUACCAUAAGUGGAAAUCCAAUUUACAUUCUGAAUAAAAGGUUUUGAUUUUGAGCAGCAAUGUCGUAACCAUCCAAUGAGGAUUAUUAUUGUAUUAUAAACCCAUUGUGCAUAAGCCUAGAAAAGUCCUCUAAUCUCAAUGCCUAUAGUGUCUUACUCCUGAUAUGUUCCUGUAGGUGACUUCUGACCCUUUUCUGACCUUUUAGUACCAACAUGUUUUCACAUCCCUCGCUAGGGAGUGAGAUGUAAUUAAUCUGACUACCAACGCUUAACUCCCCUUCUCAAAAAUAACCAAAUUGAAUUGGUCUAUCUAAUAAAUAUAAAAUAAAAAAUAUGAUUGAUUCCGUUAAAAUAAUCUUUCUCUAGCUGUAUUUUGUACUUUGAAGGCUUAUAUUUAUCCAUCUCAUGUUCCUGACAUCACAUGCAGACUAUUGGACCCUUCAACAUUCGU